UCAGAGCAUCGCUGCGACUAGUGGCUGUAACAGUAGUUUUGUGGAGCGGAGUGGGGAACACUUUCAGCCCGAGUGCGAAAAGAUUGAGCUUUGAAGCCGGACGAGAGAAAUUUGUUAUGGAGUUUGAGGAGUCUGGCAUUGGAGAGGAGUGCGGGGUGUUCGGCUGCGUGGCUUCCGGAGAAUGGCCAACGCAGCUGGAGGUGGCCCAGGUAUUAACACUGGGACUUGUCGCCCUGCAGCACAGAGGACAGGAGAGUGCUGGGAUUGUCACGAGUAAUGGAGCGUCACCUCCGACUUACAUCACCCUCAAGGGCAUGGGCCUGGUGAGCAAUGCAUUCCCUGCAGAGGAGCUGCUGAAGCUGCGCUCGGGUAACCUGGGCAUCGGGCACACGCGCUACUCCACCACGGGCAUCUCGGAGCUGCAGAACUGCCAGCCGUUCGUGGUGGACACUCUGCAUGGCAAGAUCGCCGUGGCUCACAACGGGGAGCUGGUCAAUGCUGCAGCGCUGCGCAAGAAGGUGAUGAGGCAUGGUGUUGGCCUAUCCACCAGCUCUGAUAGCGAGCUCAUCACGCAGCUACUGGCUCUGACUCCGCCCAUGGAGGAGCAGGACGCCCCUGAUUGGGUGGCUCGGAUAAAGAACCUGAUGACAGAGACACCUACUUCAUACUCGUUACUGGUGAUGCACACGGAUGUUAUUUAUGCCGUGAGGGAUCCUUAUGGGAACCGCCCCCUCUGCAUCGGCCGCUUGGUGCCCAUCUCUAAGCUGCACGGUUCGGGAGCUGCAGAUGGAGACACGGAGGGCUGGGUGGUGUCGUCGGAGUCCUGCAGUUUCCAGUCCAUUGGAGCGAGGUAUUACCGUGAAGUGCAGCCAGGAGAAAUAGUGCAGAUCUCAAAACAUGGAAUCAAGACAUUAAGUAUUGUUCCGAGACCGGAGGGAGACCGGCCUGCAUUCUGCAUAUUUGAAUAUGUUUAUUUUGCACGUCCAGACUCGAUAUUUGAAGGCCAAAUGGUGUAUUCAGUCAGGCAGCGGUGUGGACAGCAACUAGCCAUAGAGGCCCCGGUGGAUGCAGAUGUGGUCAGCACUGUGCCAGAGUCCGCCACUCCGGCCGCACUGGGGUAUGCCCAGCAGGCGGGGAUACCAUAUGUGGAGGUUCUGUGUAAGAACCGGUAUGUGGGGAGAACAUUUAUCCAGCCCAACACGCGCUUACGGCAGCUUGGCGUGGCCAAAAAGUUUGGAGCACUAACUGACAACUUUGCUGGGAAGAGAGUGGUACUCGUUGACGAUUCCAUCGUCAGAGGAAACACAAUUUCGCCGAUCAUCAAAUUGCUGAGAGAGGCUGGAGCGACUGAGGUGCACAUUCGAGUGGCGUCUCCACCAAUCAGGCAUCCCUGCUACAUGGGCAUCAACAUUCCUACCAAAGAGGAACUCAUUGCCAACAAGCCUGAAUUUGCAAACAUCGCUGGCUACAUUGGGGCUACCAGCGUGCGCUAUCUCUCUGUGGAAGGGCUUGUGUCAGCUGUUCAGGGAGGCAUCCUGCCCCAGGAAAAGGACCAAAGGACGGAGGCCAAUAAGAGACUGGGCCACUGUACUGCCUGUCUGACUGGGAAGUACCCGGUCGAGCUGGCGUGGUGAGCUCGGCUGCGCCCCCAUCUGCAUAUUCUGGUAAUACCAGGAAGUGACUGCUUAUUGCCUGUGUUGGAAUACCUCAAGUGGGACCUGCUGGAUGCUAAUUUCAGAAUUAGCAAGACUCCACCUUGCUUUAUAUCUGUUGUUUUUAACACAAAAUUAUUUUUGCAGCCAUUCCAGCCCCAGCAAUUAAUGUGCCACUAAAAACAAGAUUGUCAUUGUUAAAUUUAAGGGUAUGGUUGCUCUAAAAUCAAAGUAACAUUAUUUUCGGAUGAGCAGUGACACUGAAACCGCUAUGAGUUCAAGCUGCUUAGUUACCUGAAUCUUUGGUUUGUUGUUUUAGUGGAGUUGGGGGGUGUCGUACGCAGCCCCCCGUCAAGGCUUUUGUGUUCGGCCGGUCGAUUUGAGUGCUUAAGUGUUAAUCCCAUAGAAGUGUUCUUACAAAAGAUUUCUCUUCGAAAAUAAAAGUGACAUUCUGCA